CGUAAUAUGCUCCGCCAACAAUGUUCCUUGCUUCUGCUAUUCGCCCUCGUGGCGCACACAGCGAGUAUGGUAUAUGAACAGCCGGCUCCGAUUCUGCCCAUUGAUGAUCCCUGGCCAGAUAUUGCAGAUGAAGACAGUUAUGAUUUUGGAAAAGCGGUUCGUAUGUCAAAACGUCAAGUAGGGUAUGACUACGGAGAUGCCCUAAAGGCCUCUGUACAAUUUUAUGAAGCUCAACUCUCUGGGAAUAUACCUGAAAACGAUCGUGUCUAUUGGCGAAAACCGGACAGUGCACAGAGUGAUAGCGGCAACUUUGGCGAAGAUUUGAGUGGUGGCAUGUAUGACGCCGGUGAUCACGUCAAGUUUAACCUUCCUAUGGCCUGGACUACAACUAUGUUGGCAUGGGGUUACAUCGAAUUCGAAGCUGCGUAUAAUGAUACAGGAGAAGCGAACACAAUCAGAGAGAUUUUGAAAUGGAAUUGUGACUAUUUCAUUAAGUGUCACCCCAAUCCUGACUUGUAUUACCACCAGGUUGGUGACCCUGGUAUUGACCACAGUGUGUGGGACCGACCAGAAAACAUUUCGAUGUUGCGACCAGCGUAUGCGAUAGGGGAAGGAGAAACUGGUUCUGAUGUUGCAGGUGAAACAGCAGCUGCCUUGGCUGGAUGUGCUAAAGUUUUUGCCGACUAUGACCCAACUUACUCGGCACAGUGCCUGGCAACUGCACAGUCUCUGUACAGUUUUGCUGAAAGCCACCUUGGUACAUACCCACAGCAAACAUUCUACGUGUCGACGAACUACUGGGACGAGAUGGCAUGGGCCGCUAUUUGGAUAUAUUGGGCAUCUGGUAACGUCUGGUACCAAGCGGAGGCAGAAACGUUGUUCGCUACGAAGUCACUCAGUGUCAAGUCAUAUGCAGCUGGCUGGAACGACAAGAGGGAACCGCUCAAGCUGCUGUUGUCGGUACUUUCCACCAAUGACGAGCUUUCAAAGUCCUACCGAGGUUAUUUUAAGACCUACAUUAAUGGUUGGCUGCCCGAGGCCAGUGUACCAUAUACACCUCUUGGUCUUGUUUGUCGGGAUCAGUGGGGUUCUCUUCGAUGGGCAGCUAACACUGCUGCACUAGCGAUUCUAGGCGCCCAUUAUGACGUCCGAGCUGCCGCCUAUACAACUUUCGCCUUAACGCAACUCGACUAUAUUCUUGGAUCCAGUGGACAUAGUUAUGUGGUAGGUGUUGGAGAGAACCCACCAGUAGAGCCUCACCACAGAGCCAGUUCCUGUCCGAAUAUCACCGAAGAAUGCACCAACACAAACAGCUUCAACUACGAAGGUCCGAAUCAUCACGUACUGCGUGGAGCUAUGGUAGGUGGUCCAGAUUGUAACGAUGUGUGGUUCGACAACCGCGCAGAUUAUGUCAGGAACGAGGUGGCAUGUGACUACAACGCUGGUUUUCAGACUCUUGUAGCAGGUGUGCACAGUAUGGUACUGGGAGGGAUUAUAGUAUAAAAACGACAAUCUACGACAGUCGCGUUCAAAUGUGUUCCGAUAUUCAUAUCAUGGUUUUAGUGUUAAAUUCUGAAUUACUUCAUAUUCAUUCAUGUAGCAAUAGAUUGAAUAAAAUAUAGUUAUCUCAUUAUGUGCAUUU